CUCAGUUACCAGGGGUUUCAAGCCAAGCAUAUCCGUUGGUUACAUACAUACAUGUCCGUCCAUUCUCUGAAAUAAAGUUGGCCGACACUCCCCACUGACGCUUCCAUCAUUGGCGCUGCUCGCUGGCCACUUGCACGGUUCUGGUACAUUUCGCCGGUCCAGCUGUAUUCCCGUCUGCCUGCUGCUGCAUCGUUGCCGCCGCCACUUGCUUCUUCCGCCUCUCUUCCUUUGGUUCUUCCUUUUGCCUCCCCACUUCCGGGACCCCUUCCAGUUCCAGGUCCUUGUUCAGCCGUCUUACUCAAUAGGGAGGUCAGUAGCAAGAAAGAGUAAUCACAGGGCUACUGCCUAGGCUCGAGCAGUACUAGCAGCAGUCGGAAAGAGAUGACUUCGAACGGCUUCUGGGGAACGGACUCUGUGUGCUGGGAGAUGCUGGGAACUACCUUGGAGGUACCCGAGCUCGCCGACUCCAGAACGCCUCGACACAUCUCCCAGGCCCAGGCCAAUGAUGAAGACGACGUCGUCAAAAUAGCUCCCGCUGUCGAUCUCAGCGCUCCUCCCUAG